GUUCGGUUGCUACGGGAAACGUCGCCUGAAACCAGAGAUGCUGCCGGAAGUCCCGCCCUCCCUGCAGCGGAAGUGUGGCUAGGAGCUGAGAAGCCGGUGAGCGGUGCGUCUAGUGUGAGGUGUGGAGAUGUCUAACCCAAGCCCAGUGGCCAAGCCUUCCAACCCCUCCAAUCCAAAGGUGUUCCUGGAUGUGGAGAUUGGAGGAGAGCGCGUGGGUCGAGUAGUUUUGGAAUUGUUUGCCGAUGUUGUACCCAAAACUGCAGAAAACUUCCGUGCCCUCUGUACUGGAGAAAAGGGCAUUGGACAAUCAACUGGAAAACCUCUUCAUUUUAAAGGAUGCCCUUUUCACAGAAUUAUUAAGAAAUUCAUGAUCCAGGGCGGAGACUUCUCAAACCAAAAUGGAACUGGAGGAGAAAGUAUAUAUGGGGAAAAAUUUGAGGAUGAAAACUUUCAUUAUAAGCAUGACAAAGAGGGUUUACUCAGUAUGGCUAAUGCUGGCCCAAAUACCAAUGGCUCACAGUUCUUUAUCAUCACUGUACCUACACCUCAUUUAGAUGGAAAGCAUGUGGUUUUUGGCCAAGUGCUAAAGGGAUAUGGAAUUGUCAAAAUGUUGGAAAACGUUGACGUAAAGGAAGAGAAGCCUGCGAAGGUGUGUGCGAUAUCAGAGUGUGGGGAACUGAAUGAGAGCGAUGAGUGGAUGGCUUCUCCAUCAGAUGGUUCUGGAGACACUCACCCCGAUUUUCCAGAGGACUCUGAUGUAGAAUUAAAUGAUGUUGAAAGAAUUACCAGUAUAGCGGAAAACAUGAAGAAUAUAGGAAACAAUUUCUUCAAAUCUCAGGACUGGGAAAUGGCAACAAAGAAGUAUAACAAGGCUCUGAGAUAUGUAGAAAGCUGCAAAGAUGUCACAGGAGAUGACAACAUAUCAAAGUUAAAUCCGAUUGCUGUCAGCUGUAACUUGAAUAUUGCUGCCUGUAAACUCAAAGUAUCUGACUUUAGAGCAGCCAUUGAUAGCUGCAAUGAGGCGCUGGAAAUUGAUCCCUCUCACACCAAAGCACUUUACAGGAGGGCUCAGGGUUGGCAAGGACUAAAAGACUUUGAACAAGCACUGGAGGAUCUUAAAAAGGCUCAUGAAUUAUCACCCGAUGAUAAAGCUGUCAGCAGUGAAAUUCUGCGAGUCAAGCAGAGGAUUAAAGAGCAGAAAGAAAAAGAGAAGGCUGUGUAUGCCAAAAUGUUUGCCUAAAUGUCUCUAGUUCUCUCCCUUGGAAAACAAACUUUAGACCUGUGGAUUAUUUUCCCCCUAGAACUACACCAUUGUUUGCAGCUUUCAUUUCUCUGGUUUUUCAUUCUGUUGUGUGGCACUGCAUGAAUUAUGCAAAGGAGACAUCUGGGGUCCGACCGGUUUUAUUCUCUUGUGAAUUGGCUUUGGUUGGCAGAUGAUGUGACGGUAGUAAAGCUUGUUUUAGUCUAUCUAACCCCCCCUUUAAAAAGUGGGACGUCCCUGUGUAUAUUUUAAGAGACAAGAAAUUAUUUGAUUUGCAUAACUUGCUAUAAAUGUGCAGGAAUAAACAUCUGUUUACUGUCCUUAAUAAAGACUGUUACCAUACCUCCCAACAUUUGGCAGAUUAUGAAAGUUAA